AUGGCAGAGUAUUCUGUUCACAGUUGUUGGGAUGUCAUUAACUGCAAUUUGAAGAUUGUCAUCAAAGAAGUUGUCGAACUAAUCAUUUAUGAUACUUCGGUCAACAGCUCGGGCUCAUGUGGUAAUCAAAGCCUGUUUUCGUUGACUUACAGUUCAUUUGAUGGUUCUGAGGGGCCAAGCUUCAACAGUAUGGCUUUCUCAAAAAUAUUUGUGAUAAGGAGUGCAAGAAUGCACUACUUUAUAAUUAAACACCGGAUAAUGGACAAUAUUGAUCCAGCUAUUGUGUUGGAAGGACAUUCAAUCCGAGUGAGGGUGAUGGAUGGCACAGACUCAUGUUCCGGGAGAGUGGAAGUGUAUUAUGACAAUACAUGGAGGGCGGUCUGCGAUGAUUACUGGGAUAUGACUGACGCCAACGUUGUUUGCAAGCAAAUAGGCUGUGGAACAGCUUUAACAGCCCCUGCCAGCGCUCAUUUUGGACCUGCGUCCAGUUCUUUCUGGUUGGAUGACGUAAAGUGCGCAGGGACAGAGUCCGACUUGUUCCAGUGCCCAUUCAACGCGCCGGGGGACCACAACUGCAGUCCGAACGAGGCUGCGUCUGUCACUUGUUCAGAUCCGAUUGCAAUACGACUGAGGGAUGGGAAUGGUCCCUGUUCGGGGAGAGUUGAGAUCUAUUACAACAACAGCUGGGGAGCCGUCUGCGAUAAUAGUUGGGACAUCAUUGAUGCGAAUGUCGCUUGUCGGCAAAUUGGAUGUGGACCUGCCCAAUCAGCUCCAGGCAACGCUCACUUUGGACCAGCACAGUCUUCCUUCUGGUUGGACGAUGUUGGUUGUAAAGGCACUGAGUGGAAUCUGUACCAGUGUCAAUCGAACUCAUUGGGCAAGCACAACUGCCAACCUAACGAGGCAGCGUCUGCUAUUUGUUCAGAUCCGAUUGCAAUACGACUGAUGGAUGGGAAUGGUCCCUGUUCGGGGAGAGUUGAGAUCUAUUACAACAACAGCUGGGGAGCCGUCUGCGAUGAUAGUUGGGACAUCAUUGAUGCGAAUGUCGCUUGUCGGCAAAUUGGAUGUGGACCUGCCCAAUCAGCUCCAGGCAACGCUCACUUUGGGCCAGCACAGUCUUCCUUCUGGUUGGAUGAUGUUGGUUGUAAAGGCACUGAGUGGAAUCUGUACCAGUGUCAAUCGAACUCACUGGGCAAGCACAACUGCCAACCUAACGAGGCAGCGUCUGCUAUUUGUUCAGAUCCGAUUGCAGUACGACUGAGGGAUGGGAAUGGUCCCUGUUCGGGGAGAGUUGAGAUCUAUUACAACAACAGCUGGGGAGCCGUCUGCGAUGAUAGUUGGGACAUCAUUGAUGCGAAUGUCGCUUGUCAGCAAAUUGGAUGUGGACCUGCCCAGUCAGCUCCAGGCAACGCUCACUUUGGACCAGCACAGUCUUCCUUCUGGUUGGACGAUGUUGGUUGUAAAGGCACUGAGUGGAAUCUGUACCAGUGUCAAUCGAACUCAUUGGGCAAGCACAACUGCCAACCUAACGAGGCAGCGUCUGCUAUUUGUUCAGAUCCGAUUGCAGUACGACUGAGGGAUGGGAAUGGUCCCUGUUCGGGGAGAGUUGAGAUCUAUUACAACAACAGCUGGGGAGCCGUCUGCGAUGAUAGUUGGGACAUCAUUGAUGCGAAUGUCGCUUGUCGGCAAAUUGGAUGUGGACCUGCCCAGUCAGCUCCAGGCAACGCUCACUUUGGACCAGCACAGUCUUCCUUCUGGUUGGACGAUGUUGGUUGUAAAGGCACUGAGUGGAAUCUGUACCAGUGUCAAUCGAACUCAUUGGGCAAGCACAACUGCCAACCUAACGAGGCAGCGUCUGCUAUUUGUUCAGAUCCGAUUGCAGUACGACUGAGGGAUGGGAAUGGUCCCUGUUCGGGGAGAGUUGAGAUCUAUUACAACAACAGCUGGGGAGCCGUCUGCGAUGAUAGUUGGGACAUCAUUGAUGCGAAUGUCGCUUGUCAGCAAAUUGGAUGUGGACCUGCCCAGUCAGCUCCAGGCAACGCUCACUUUGGACCAGCACAGUCUUCCUUCUGGUUGGACGAUGUUGGUUGUAAAGGCACUGAGUGGAAUCUGUACCAGUGUCAAUCGAACUCAUUGGGCAAGCACAACUGCCAACCUAACGAGGCAGCGUCUGCUAUUUGUUCAGAUCCGAUUGCAGUACGACUGAGGGAUGGGAAUGGUCCCUGUUCGGGGAGAGUUGAGAUCUAUUACAACAACAGCUGGGGAGCCGUCUGCGAUGAUAGUUGGGACAUCAUUGAUGCGAAUGUCGCUUGUCAGCAAAUUGGAUGUGGACCUGCCCAGUCAGCUCCAGGCAACGCUCACUUUGGACCAGCACAGUCUUCCUUCUGGUUGGACGAUGUUGGUUGUAAAGGCACUGAGUGGAAUCUGUACCAGUGUCAAUCGAACUCAUUGGGCAAGCACAACUGCCAACCUAACGAGGCAGCGUCUGCUAUUUGUUCAGAUCCGAUUGCAGUACGACUGAGGGAUGGGAAUGGUCCCUGUUCGGGGAGAGUUGAGAUCUAUUACAACAACAGCUGGGGAGCCGUCUGCGAUGAUAGUUGGGACAUCAUUGAUGCGAAUGUCGCUUGUCAGCAAAUUGGAUGUGGACCUGCCCAGUCAGCUCCAGGCAACGCUCACUUUGGACCAGCACAGUCUUCCUUCUGGUUGGACGAUGUUGGUUGUAAAGGCACUGAGUGGAAUCUGUACCAGUGUCAAUCGAACUCAUUGGGCAAGCACAACUGCCAACCUAACGAGGCAGCGUCUGCUAUUUGUUCAGAACAAUUCCAGGUCAGAAUUAUGGAUGGAGACAAUAAGUGUUCAGGGAGAGUGGAAGUCUUUCACAAUGCAACAUGGGGCACAGUCUGUGAUGAUGAUUGGGACCUAAGUGAUGCUCAGGUUGUCUGCACCGAGUUGAGUUGUGGCUUCGCCCACGAGGCGCCCGGAAAUGCCAAAUUUGGGGAAGGCCUAUCAUCGAUUUGGCUGGACUCCGUCCAAUGCAAUGGGUCUGAAUCAAACCUCUGGAAGUGCCAGUCAAGCGCCCUGGGUCAGCACAACUGCCAACACAGCGAGGAUGCAUCUGUAAUCUGUUCCAAUCGCCCACCAAAGCCCAUUUUGUCGCUUGACGUGAAACGUGAAGUCUUCACACCAAAGGAGACACUCCAGUUAAAAUGUACAACUCAGAGUUAUUAUGUGGGGAGUACCUUUUAUUUGAAGAAAACAGGAGACAGUUCCUUUGGUGAUACUCAAACUGCUCCCGAAGGAGCUUACAGCAUGAUCUUCUUCAUCCACGAUAUGGAUCUGAGCCACAGUGGGAACUACACAUGUCACUAUCAAACAAACAAAUCAGGAUUGGCUCGAAACUCGAGCAGCAGUGACUCUGUGAAUGUGGUCGUCACAGAGAGGUUGUAAGGCAGAGGCGACUGGCCAGCUACCGAAGACCACUUGAACAAACAGCUUGUGAGGCCUUGGGUAUUUUGUGAAAGAUGGAACAACGGAAGCAGCCUUGCUGUGGUCAGCUCUCACAGACCAGGAUUUGGUUUAGGUUUGAGGUGGAGCUUUGAGCAGAAGCUAAUGGGCUCUCAAAAGAAUUGGAAGCUUCAAUGAACAUCUCUUGGC